CAACGUGACUCGACCUUUUCCGGUUUAUUCAUUGAAGAUGGCAGUCGGCAAAAAUAAAGGUCUUUCCAAGGGUGGCAAGAAGGGUGGUAAAAAGAAGGUAGUGGACCCCUUUUCACGCAAGGAUUGGUACGAUGUGAAAGCCCCGAAUAUGUUCCAAACCCGUCAAAUCGGUAAAACGCUUGUGAACCGCACCCAGGGCCAAAGAAUAGCGUCGGACUAUCUAAAGGGUCGCGUUUUUGAAGUGUCUCUGGCAGAUUUGCAAAAGGAUAUAGAUCCGGAGCGCUCAUUCCGCAAGUUCCGUCUUAUUGCCGAAGACGUUCAAGACCGAAACGUGCUUUGCAACUUCCAUGGCAUGGAUCUAACUACAGACAAGUACAGGUCAAUGGUUAAAAAGUGGCAAACUCUUAUUGAAGCGAUUGUUGAAGCCAAGACUGUCGAUGGUUACCUUCUGCGAGUGUUUUGCAUUGGAUUUACUGCCAAGGAUCAGCAGUCUCAGCGCAAAACAUGCUAUGCUCAACAGUCGCAGGUCCGCAAGAUUCGCGCUCGCAUGACUGACAUUAUUACUAACGAAGUUAGUGGUGCUGAUUUGAAGCAGCUUGUUAACAAACUGGCAUUGGAUUCCAUUGCAAAAGAUAUUGAAAAAAGCUGCCAGCGUAUCUAUCCAUUACAUGAUGUUUACAUUCGUAAAGUCAAGGUAUUGAAGAAGCCGCGUUUCGAUGUCUCAAAGCUCUUGGAGUUGCAUGGUGAUGGUGGCGGCAAAUCUGUCGAUGCCGUCGUUUCCACCGAAGGAGCCGUAGUUGACCGCCCCGAGGGUUAUGAGCCCCCAGUGCAGGAAGCUGUCUAAAGUGAAUAAAAUGCAUAUUUUUUAAUGUAUUUGCAUUCGAAGAUGAAAUACAUUAUUCUACUAAUUGCAUAAACUA